AUGGGGUUGCAAUCACCGCUUUGGCUGUGGACGCAUCAGCAGAUAACUCGCGACACCGGAGCGCCAAAAGGGAUGCGUAAGAUAAUGCACCUGGUUCAGUGGAUGCACCGCCAUGGCGUGGAGUCGCGGCACAUUGCCAUUCUCGUGCCAUUCUCGUGGAAGGCAAUGUGCCAGCAGGAGUUUGCGCGGCACAGUGCUCAGGCGGAGAUGAAGGAAUGUCCGAUUAUUCUAGCCCAUCACGAGCUGCCGGCGCUGAACAAGCGAGACCACACCAAGUACCGGUACCGGGCGGUUCUCUACUUGAUGGACGCGCUGCCGCGAAAUUUAAGCCUUUCGGCGCCGCUUCAGAGAAGUGAGGAGCUCCUGAUUUCCGAGGCCAUGGGGGCGGCGAUAGACGCGUUUGUGCUGUGCGCCGAUGCGGGGUGGAUGGCGCCUCAGGUGCAGGCAAAGUGGUACAAGCUGUUCGUCGCCAAACUGGAGGACGUCCGGGCGGUUGUCUCUUACGAUGCCACUACGACGACGCAGGCGACCAUGGAGGCGGCGGCCGCGUACUUCCCCUCCCUUGUGGGUCCCACGAUCCCUCUGUGCUGCAGCCGGCACCCGAACCAGCGGCAGCUCGAGUACGGUCUUGCACGCAUGGAGCCCUGUUGCAAACGGCUCUGCCUGAGUCUGUACGCGUGUCGUCGCCCCGAUCACGUGUGCACGCGUACGUGCCACCCCGAGGAGAGCCACCUGACGUGCUCGUACGCGUGCGGUGCCUCCCUCCCCUGCGGUCACAAGUGUCUGCUGGAGUGCGGUGCUCCGUGCAACUGCUUCGAGGUAGUCGAGAUGCAGUUGGCAUGCUCGCACGAGAAGCUUCUGGGGAUGAACAAGGAAACGCUCGAGCCCAUUUACGCGGUGGUGCGCCACGUGUACAAGGGUGUCUGCGGCGAUGCAGCGCUACCGUGUGCCGUGUCGUACGAGACGGAGUGCGCGCGGUGCCUCGGUCUCUUCACGGUGUCGUGCUUUGAGGCACAGGAGCAAGGCCAUUCGCUGGCCCACAGGGCACUGAUCUGUGCAGCGUGCAAGCGCCGUGAGCGCGAACUGCGGGCGAAGCUUCUUGGCGAGCUUCUCACUGAUGUCGAGUCUCAGAAGAAGAAGGUCAAGGCGGAGCUGCAGCGGUCGCUGCACCACCAGCGCAAGGCGGCGGCGCAGGGCCUUUUUCGACCCGGCACCCGGGUGGAGAUCGUCGACGCGACCAAGUGCGUGCCGCCGCUCUUCGCAGAGGAUGACUUUCCGGGCAUCGAGUUUGUGGACAUGGAGGUGCCGACGUUUUUCCAGGAGAUGGAGGGGGCGUACGGCACGUUCGUGAGCAACCACGUGGAUGUCAUGGACCGCAGCGAGGUGCGCAACCUUGUUCGGCUGCCCAGUGGCAAGCAUGUGCUGGUGGCGGAUGGCGGGCUGCGCAUGAUUCAGGCCCUGACAAGCAACAUCACGCAAGCUAUGCCGCUCAUGCUGACGUGCAAGAGCAGAGACGACGGCGCCGCGGAUGGGGCCGCACUGGACAGCGCCGAGUUCGCGGCCGCCAAGAUGAUGCUGCAAGGCGUGUAUUACCUGGCUCAGCCUGUUGCAUGCGACGAGGUGGCAGGGGAGGAGGUGCUCACAGACAAGGUCGUGCGCGUCGUGGAUCUCGAUCCGCUGUCUGCCAGGAACGUUGUGGUGGAGUGCGAGCUUUAUCGCGUCUCCGAGCGCACGCACGACGACAUCGGCGAUGAGCAUAGCGACUCCGCUCAUGUUGGCAGCGCGACGGCAGGUUCAUUGAACGGGACCCCAAAGCGGCGCCGUCUCGAACAGGGCGCAGUGAGCAUCGCCCGGUGCGAAUGCACAGAGCAGAUUGUGCGCCUCUCCGUUCCCAUUACGACUCUGGAGCCGAUGCCUGGUAUGGUGGAGGGCAAGUACGUGUUCGUCAGCGCCCCGGAGAGGCAAGUGCGCAACCCGCACGACAUGGUCAAAAUCGAGGCGAUGCUGCGCCAUCUCACUGACCUAUCCUUGCCGACUGAUGCGCACGUGACGGCCGCGCCCAUUGACCCUGACACUCCGUACUCUCUGGUAAAGGUGGUGAACCCUCCCGUGAACUGCGAGGCGGCGCGCGGUCCUUGUGCGGUGCUCAAGUGCAGCGAUGUGCGUGUGGUAGUUCGUGCCAGCCCUGACAAGUUCCAGCACCGACGUGGCGGUGGCGCCUGCCCCAAUGGAGGCCGCGGGGCACCCCAGCGAGGGUUGCACGCUCCGCCGGCGGCCGCCGCAUCCGCGCUACUCGUGGUGGUCCCUUAUGUGUACACAGUCGGCGAUGAGCUCACGGAGGCGGAAGGGGCGCUGGACGCGGCUGCGCAGAAAGUGUUUGAGCAGCGCCUCCAGGCAGAGUUGACCACGUUAAGCGAGGAGCUUGCCUUGCGCCAUGAGGAGGAGGCCUUCCACGCGCAGCAGCAGAUGCCCGAGGUAACCCCGGAGAUGAUGGCUGCCGAUCUACACGCGUACAGCAUUCCGAUGCCGCUGCCAACCGCCGCCGACGUGGCAGCGGCCCGGCAGAAGUCGAUGGAGCUGCCGGUGGGAACACCCAUCGCUAGUCGCCUCGCACACACCAAGGACAAGCUCCUCUGCAAACAAGAGGCGCUGCAACUGCCGCAGUGGAUGGCGGCAAUGACGGAGAGAGCUCACAAGGACAAAGAGUCGGACGCGCAGCACGUCAAGUACAUUCGCUCGUUGCGUCGAUAA